AAACCAGAAACUGAAACAGGGUCAGGAUUCCCGGCUUAAAGUCAGAGAUGAGUCACUGCUAAGAGCAACUGCAGUAGCUGAGAAAGGGGCAUCAGAGAGGCAGGCAGCACAUCUGGGCGUCCCAGGGGAACAUGGCAAGGAGCGCAGACGUGGUGGCCAUGGACUGCGAGAUGGUGGGGCUGGGGCCCUUCCGGGAGAGUGGCUUGGCUCGCUGCAGCCUUGUGGACUACCACGGCUCCGUGCUCUACGACAAGUUCAUCCGGCCCGAGGGUGACAUCACUGACUACAGGACCCCGGUCAGCGGAAUUACAGCUCGGAACAUGGAGGGGGCCACUCCGUUUGCCGUGGCCAGGCUGGAGAUCCUGCAGGUGCUGAAGGGCAAGCUGAUGGUGGGCCACGACCUGAAGCACGACUUCAAGGCGCUGAAGGAGAACAUGAGCAACUACGCCAUCUACGACACGGCCGCCGACCGGCUGCUGUGGCGCGAGGCGGGCCUGCAGUAUUGCCGGCGGGUCUCCCUGCGCGUGCUGAGCCAGCGCCUCCUCGGGCGGCGCAUCCAGGACAGCGUGCUGGGACACAACUCGGUGGAAGACGCCAGGGCAGCCAUGGAGCUCUACCGCAUCUCCAGGAGAAUUCGAGAUCAGUGAGGGUUGCACGCCUGGUGGAGUCCAGCCCCUCCCCAAGGACUAGAGGCCUUUUGUCUCUUCAGAACAAAAACUCUUUUGCUUUUGUAAAAUGCAUUUUUAGCAAUAAAAUAGCUCUCUAUUUUCUCUA